CGCGCUUGUUAUGUAUGUGCUAGUAAGUAUAUUAAAAAACUGCAAGAGAAAAGACCAAACAUUCAUUUUCGACGUUAUGAUUUUUUCGACAAUGUCUGAAAAUGGAUGUAGCACAUAGCAUUUUUAAAAUGGAUGUAAAAGCGCUAGUGUAUAAGGGUUCUGACAAUCCCACAUUCCCACGUAAAGUUUGUAAAAGAUCGAUUUCUGGGUAGCCGCUUUUCUCUCGUGCUGCUCACGAAUGAUUUGGGAACAGUAUUUAUGACAUCUGUACAAGAGUAUAUGAUUUUUUGAAAAUUAUUUUUUGAAGAGCUGCGAAUACAUUAAUAAUGGCGCAAAUAGGGAACGUAACGGCAGAUCAACUGAUGGCUGGUACCAGUGUGUUGUCAAGGCCCGCUGAAGAAUUCGAAAAUGAUCCAUCUGUGGAGGCGAUGUGGGCAAUGAAAGCCAUGGAACAUGCGGAGGUUUAUUUUAAUAUUUUAUGCUCGGUUGAUCCAAAACUCUUGAAACUCACGCCUCACGAUGAGCAGAUCUAUAAGACUUUUAAAGAUACCUUUUCUGGUAUGAAAGUGGACAAGGUGGAUGAAGACGAGUUGAAAUCUUCAGAGGGGAAGAUAAAGUGGAGAUUCUUCUGCGAACAAUUUAAGGACGUUGUGGAGGACUAUAGUUUUGGUACAUUAUUGAGAGCAGAUUGCACCGGAGAUUAUUCGGAGCAGAACAGCAUACUAACAACCAGGAUACAGUUUUAUGCUAUAGAGCUCGCUAGGAACAGAGAGGGCUUCAAUGAUGGUGUGCGAGAAAAAUACAAACCAAGUAAGACUGUAAAAAAAUGAGAUUUGAAAUUACAACUAGUUAGAUUAACUCUAUUGAAAGCAGAUUCAGAUAUAUAAUUUUUCUAUUAUUUUUUUAAAUGUGUAAGAGACAGUUGAAUAAUGUGACAAUUUUGUAAGAUAUAUAUAAUAAAAGAUAUAUGUAUAUAUAUACAAUAACGGGUAUUAAAAUUGAUUUAAAUAUAUUUAACCAUAUAAUGACAUGAUCUUUUGAAUCAAUUUUAUACAACAUUAAAACGCAAGAAAAAAAGUUGUUACAAAAUAAAAAUGCAUAAGAAUCAUCAGGGCACAAAGAUGAUAAUGAUUAUCAAUGAAGCUUGACAGUAGUAGUGACUCUGUAGAGUAAUAAAAAAUUUAAAGUAUAUAACUAAAGUAUGUAAAAUAAUUUAAUUAAAGUAUAUAACAUUACAAGAUGUUCAUUAAUCCAAAGGGUUUGGUGAAAGAAUGCACGAGAGCGGCCAUUUCUAGAAUAUAUUGCUAUAUACACACUUUAAUAACCAAAAACAAACAUUACAGCAAUAAUAUUGUUAUUAAUGUAAUAUUAUAUGCAAUAAUAGAAUCGUUUAUCAAUCGUAGUGAAAACACCGAAAACUUUGCUUCUUCUCUUAUUGGAAAGAACAAUGCGUACGGUUUGUCUCCUUUUUAUUAUUAAUAAUAUUAAUUCGCAUAAUGGCGCCCGAUCGACCGCACUUGCUGUUGUAGAUCUUGUAGGAAAAAAAAAAUAUUGAAGUUACAUCUUGUUUGUCACGCAAUAAUAUCUAGGCGUGAGUGCGCCUGUGUCUCGCGAGCGCGGUCGACCAGCGAGCAGUUCGAUCGAUCGUUAUCGUAGAAUAAUAAAUAUGACAGUGCGAUAUCUCUAAAAAAUCUGUCUUUUUAUGCAACUUGCACAUUCAAAUACAAGUGUACCCGAAAAAUGCAAUGUACAUUGUUUUAUUGCCCUUACGAACGUUAAGGGAAAUAGCAGCUGCCAAAUCGUCAUAUGGCGAGUACAUUUUAGGAAGAGGUAGAAUAAAACAUCCUUUCCGUUUGACGAGCGUGCGAAGAAAUAAACGUUUCGUUUAUCUUUUUUCGUCCAGUAUAAUCAUCGACGUCUGAAAAUUGUUCCUCUUACAAAUUAUAGGUCAUCUAACGAUUUGGCAAUUACGGAUUCUCCUUGAAUCUCUAUACGAGCGGUAUACUGCGACUUCUCUCCCAAUCUCUCGCUUUCGCUCAUUCUCUCUCUCUCUCUCUCUCUCUCUCACUUACUCUCUUCUUCUCACGUUCGCUCUGUAUCUCUGACCACUAAAAAAAUAUUUGAUACAAGAUCAUAUGAGAAUCACAAAAUAGAGCUUUGAAUAAAAUCUGCUUUAGAUGAGCGUCUUUCGUACGAGCGUAAUAAUAAUUAAAUUAAUUAAAUAAGUAAUCUAGAGUAUAUUUUAUAUGUCGAAGGUGUGGAAUAUUUUUACAUAUUGUAAGAGAGAUUUUUGUCUCUCUUUCCAGAAAAGUUAAUUUAAAAGAUAUCACAUUUAUAUAUUUCACUCUCUCUCUCUCUCUCUCUCUCUCUCUUUCUCUCUCUCUCUCUCUGCGCAUUUCGAUUUAUUGCAUCUUUAUUGAAUGGCGCGACCAGAAAAUAGAGCUUGCCGAAUUUCACGUUUAUUUCUUUGCGGUCGAUAUGCAUCACUCAUGCAAAAUGAACAUAAAUUACAAGAAUCACGUAGAUGACAUCGACCCUCAAAUAAUGCGACAGAAUCUGAAUGUAUCAGAUUUUCACUCAGUUCUGUUCAUUAAUUUUUCGCGUGUCGUUUUUUCGAGAGCGAUUGGUUCUAGGAUGUUUGAAAAGAAAGCGUAAGACUAUAAAAAUAUAACAGUAACAAUGAGUUUAAACGAACUCUAUUGAAUUUAAAAAAGCUCGUACCUACAAUACUGUUAUUAAUUUACAUUCAAACACUAAUGUUACCGAAUGAUUUUUAUCCUAACAAUUAACACAUAGGAUU